UUUGCUUGUACAGUAAUUGUCAUUUCAACUGUGUCACACAUACGACAAUUCGUGCAAAGUUUUCGUUGGUGAAACGCUUCUAGUCACAAGAACAAUUCAAGUUUAACAAAACCAAAUCAAUUUUAUAAACAAAUUAUGGCUGAAAGUGUGGAAGAAAUUAGUAAACAUCAAAAACUCGAUAUAUCGGAGCAAGAGAAAAACAUGAUUGCAAGGUCUUUGGGCCAUGAAGUUAUUUCCGAUGAAGAUAAAUCACAUAUUUUGGAAGUCAUAAAUCGUAUCUUACGUGACCGAUGUAUCUACAUUUGGCCUGACGACAUGCACGGCAGUUGGCUUACGGUCAUUCGAUACGAACGAGUUCCAGCGUAUGAAAUACACUUUGAUGUCUUUUCUCCAUUUCCGGAAUUCUCAAUAAAUAAUGGAUUACACGAUAAUCAACGGAAACUAUUCGAUGAUCAUUUUGGUAAAGAAAUUGAGAAUCCACUCAGUCGUGCUCGAUUUCCACAAUUUAAAAGACCAAAAAAGCAUGAAGAUCAAUUCAUUUAUGCCAUUGCAAUUGCGUUUUGUCUUGCUAUGCAGCAAAUUGAAGCCAAUGGACCAAUGCGAAUAUUUCCAUUUACGAGCGGCAAUGGUCUUCAUAUUACCCACAUAAAAUAUGCAAUCGUUGACAUUGUGCGAAACGGUUUGGUAACAGAUGAUCCAAAAGGCGAAAUUUGGCAAAGAAUUCCAUAUCUUUUUUAAUCAUAGAAAAUAUUACAGAGAAAUCAUGAAAAACAAGAGAGAUUAUUCAUGGCACAAUUGCCACUUUUUAAUAAGAACACUUUUUUUUAAAUAAAGAUUUUCUAUUCGUUUUUACAUCA